UGGCACUUCCGGGGAUUAGAUGGAAUACAAAAAAAGUCCUGGCUAAGGACUUGUUUCCUUGUCCUAAAGCUGGUGCCAGAACUCUCUAUAGUCUUCACUGAGAGAAAAUGUCUAUCCAAAUUGAACAUCCUGCUGGUGGCUAUAAGAAGCUAUUUGAAACUGUGGAGGAACUGUCCUCACCACUAACAGCUCAUGUCACAGGUAGAAUUCCCCUCUGGCUUGCUGGCAGUCUCCUUCGAUGUGGGCCAGGGCUCUUUGAAGUUGGAUCUGAGCCCUUCUAUCACCUGUUUGAUGGACAAGCUCUUUUGCACAAGUUUGACUUUAAGGAGGGCCAAGUCACAUACCAUAGGAGAUUCAUCCGCACUGAUGCUUAUGUUCGGGCAAUGACUGAGAAGAGGAUUGUCAUAACAGAAUUUGGCACCUGUGCUUUCCCAGACCCCUGCAAGAAUAUAUUUUCCAGGUUUUUUUCUUACUUUCGAGGAGUGGAGGUUACUGACAAUGCCCUUGUAAAUAUCUACCCAGUGGGAGAAGAUUACUAUGCCUGUACAGAGACUAACUUUAUCACAAAAAUUAACCCAGAGACCCUGGAGACAAUUAAGCAGGUUGAUCUUUGCAACUAUGUCUCAGUCAAUGGUGCCACUGCUCAUCCACAUAUUGAAAGUGAUGGAACUGUUUACAAUAUUGGCAACUGCUUUGGGAAAAAUUUUUCAGUUGCCUACAACAUUGUUAAGAUUCCUCCACUGCAAGCAAACAAGGAAGACCCAAUAAACAAGUCAGAGAUUGUUGUACAGUUCCCCUGCAGUGAUCGGUUCAAGCCAUCUUAUGUACACAGUUUUGGUCUGACUCCAAACUAUAUUGUUUUUGUGGAGACUCCAGUCAAAAUUAAUCUUUUCAAGUUCCUUUCUUCGUGGAGUCUUUGGGGAGCAAACUACAUGGAUUGUUUUGAGUCCAAUGAAAGCAUGGGGGUUUGGCUUCAUGUUGCUGACAAAAAAAGAAGAAAAUACUUCAAUAAUAAAUACAGGACCUCCCCUUUCAAUCUCUUUCAUCAUAUCAAUACUUAUGAAGACAAUGGGUUUCUGAUUGUGGAUCUCUGUUGCUGGAAAGGGUUUGAAUUUGUUUAUAAUUACUUAUAUUUAGCCAAUUUGCGUGAGAACUGGGAAGAAGUGAAAAGAAAUGCCAUGAAGGCACCUCAGCCUGAAGUGAGGAGAUAUGUACUUCCUUUGACAAUAAACAAGGCUGACACAGGCAGGAAUUUAGUCACACUUGCCCACACAACUGCCACAGCAAUUCUGUGCAGUGAUGAGACCAUCUGGCUGGAACCUGAGGUUCUCUUUUCAGGGCCCCGUCAAGCCUUUGAAUUUCCUCAAAUCAACUAUCAGAAAUAUGGAGGAAAACCUUAUACCUAUGCGUAUGGACUUGGGUUGAAUCACUUUGUACCAGACAAGCUCUGUAAGCUGAAUGUCAAAACUAAAGAAAUCUGGAUGUGGCAAGAGCCAGAUUCUUACCCAUCUGAACCCAUCUUUGUUUCUCAUCCAGAAGCCCUAGAAGAGGAUGAUGGUGUGGUUCUGAGCGUGGUGGUGAGCCCCGGAGCUGGACAAAAGCCUGCAUACCUCCUGAUUCUGAAUGCCAAAGACUUGAGUGAAGUUGCCAGGGCUGAAGUGGAGACUAAUAUCCCUGUUACCUUCCAUGGACUGUUCAAAAGAUCAUGAACAUAUUCCAGAUCAGCAAAACUGACUCCAUGGGUAAAGUUACUCGUUGCCAGGCCUGGAAACCUGAGUUCAAUCUCUGGGAUCCACAUAGUGAAAAGAUAGAACUUACUGAAAUCUUUACUUUGACCUCUACACACACACACCAUGGCACCUACAUGUCCAUGUGUAAGAAAUAAAAGUAAUUUUUAAUUAAAAAUUAAAUAAAAUCAUCAACAUGUUUUUAAUUACAAAACCAAGAAGGCCAACUAGCCCCCAAUCUACAAUCAAAUUUUGCCUAUUUUAGCUUGCUGUCUUGCUGGUUUUAAGAUGGAGAUGAACACAAUUUUGCAGUGCUUUUCAGAAAUCACUGAGUUGAACUGUAGGGAGCCGCCAUUCAAAGAUGGCGCUGGCUUCCUGGUAGCCUAGCUGUAAACAACUCCAUAUUUGGCUAUG